AGGUAACAAAUAGUUGAUGGAGUAUACGGCAAGCAAAGAAAAAAGUGUUCUCCAGUUUCUUAACCGAAGCCGUAUUUUAACUGAUGAAUAAGGAGAUUGAAUCGAAACUCCUGGUUAAGGGUGCUUCCUAAUUGUUCAGCUUCAGCAGCUAUAUAUAAAUGAUCAUAUAUAUACUUCAUCGCAUUCAGAAAGACAUCAUCACAUCAGCGGCAAAUUACAGAGAGUCACCAAUCAAAGACAACAGAGCCAGUGAAGGAGCUUUCACCAUCUGAUUUUCAGGAUGCUUAGGCAGCCGGCGCAUGUCAUGUGUUUUUUUUUUUUGGCUGAAAUGGGAACAAGUGUGUCCCUUGAUGGUCAACAACGGCUAGUGUUUAAAGGAAGAUUUGCACCAAAAGACUUGGAGAGUAUUCUGUGUCGAUACGUCAAUGGAUAUGUCACCUGUAAUGGCUACAAAAAUCCAGAUACAACCCUUUCAAAGGAUGGAAGGAUUUUCUUCCUUCGGUGUGAGAAGUGUGGGUCUGGAAGGUCAGUGGCACCAAUCAAGGCAGGUUAUAUUGCUGUUGUUGCUCGCAGGAAAGCUGGUGCAUGAGCUGGUUUUUUUGCUGAAAAAAAAUGGUGGAAUGGGUGGGCUAACUUUGAGUUAGGGAAAUGAUCCGGGUUGAAGAUCAUCAAUCAUCAUCACUGGAAAGUUAAGACCAUAUGCCCGCCAUGUGGGGUGGGGAUGGGAGAACUAAGGAGGUUGUUAUGCUUCUUCUUCACACUUGAAUGCCUUCCUAAUUCGCACAUGCUUGAAUCCAAAAGAUACUAAUGAUUUUGGUGAAGGCUAUCUAAAUGAUAGUGCUAUAACAAGUAGUAUUAACAUGGCCUACAACAAGUAGUAUUCAUUUCUUUUAUUUUCUGCAAAUUGUGUGUCGACUUUCUCGUCUCUCUAACAAAAUUGAUGAGAAAAUCGACGAAUUCCAAAAAGUCACAAACUACUUAUUCAAAUCGUUCGUGUCUACUUGUUGAUCUACUUUGAAA